AUGGCCAAUGCAGAGGCCGGAUGUGUGCCUGAGAUCUCCAAGAGGCUGCAAGAGGGGUGGACGCUGCUGAACCAGCACUGUCCGAUGCCGAAUUGUGGCACACCGCUUCUCAGAGACCACAAAAAGAAGGUCUACUGCGCGAAGUGCAAGAUGUACUGCAUCACACCCGAGGAAGCGAAGUCUCUCGGGUCCCCGACCUGCGCCUCUCCCGCGGGAGCAGGCGAGGGAAUGGCAACCAAGUCCCAGGAUGCCCUUGGUUCAGACGCUGCUACCACAGGCGCGGUUCGAGGAUUAUCCAGAGGCCAAGAUCGGCAACAGCCGCGGGCGGCACCGGGGCCGACGAAGCAACAGUCUCGGGCUGCAGCAGAAGCGGCCAUGGGCGAGAAGCUGCUGCAAGGGUGGACAAUGCUCGCAGAGGAGUGUGAAACCGCUGGCUGCUGCUUCCCACUCAUGCGCGACAGAGGGAGGGUCACGAGAUGUGUGGCCUGCGACGGUAAUGCCUCCGCUGCCGCGAAGGAUGGUCUCGACGACCGUGUUGCUGCUGGCCAAUUCGAAGACCCUACUUCAGCGGCCGCCCCAGCCUCGACUGUCAGCGCACCAAAGCCCCCGUCGGACAGCAGCAGCAUCACGGCCGCAAGAACGGAACCAGUGAUGUCUGAGGAACAGUUCGCGGCCGUGAGGAAGAAGCGGGACGCGCUCAGCGCCUCCCUUGGCCGCUACAUGCUCCAGGGCUGGUCUCUUUCGGACAAAACGUGCCCCCGCGAGGGCUGCGAGCCUGGCACGCCCUUGCUCAAAGAUCGGAGCACCGGGGUGUUCUACUGCGCUGGCUGCGACACUCGUGGUACGUGCGAAGGGGGGGUGGGAGGCUUGGUUGACGAGUCAAGCACGGCUUCUGGUGCAAAGGCAAGGUUGCCGUUGAAGCGGGAUAGCUCUGGGGAGAGGAGCCGGGGUCCUCCUCGCGUGGACGAGGACGGUCCCGGGCUGCCUAACCCUGGCUCGGCCAAGACGAAGACACCGGAGGUGGAAAGCGAGUACGAGGUGGCGGAGAGGGCCCGCCUUCGCAAGCAAGCGGCGAGGGAACAGAGCAGGGAUGGCGUCUCGAGUGCCACGCUGGCACAGCGAUUGCUGCAGGGGUGGGCCAUGCUGAGCACGACGUGCCCCGCACCGGAGUGCCACAACCCGCUCAUGCGCGACAGGACCGGGAGAGAGCAGUGCGUCAGCUGCAGCAGAGGCAGCGCGCCUGCUGCUGCCGGGAGGCAGGGAACAGCAGCAGCAGGAGCAGCGGCAGCGACAGCGCCUGUCCAGGCGGCGGGAGACUUUGCCGGCGAAAAAGAGACGGAGAACGACGAGGAGGAGGACGAAGCGAUGCUGGGUGACGGCGCGGGGAGGAUCUACACCGAGCGGCGCAUGGCCGAAAUUCUCGCCGCACCCGCUGCUGCCGCCGCACCCGCGGAGACGUCCCGGGCGACAACCGUGCGGGCGGAUGGCAUCCCGCUCGACCCCUCGCGUGUGAAGGACCAAGCGCUAGACACCCUGUACAGGGCCCUUGACCUGUCGCAGCAGCGGCUCCGCGCGGGCUUCUCUCAAUCCCCCCUCGAGUCGUCUGUCGAUGUGGAUGAGAGCAUGCGCCAGGCGGAUCUUAUUGCCAAGCUAGCCGUCGCAGCUCGCGCAGUCCUGGAUUUACCGAGUGAGAUUUAG